ACCUCAACCCUUUUGGCGGCCAUUGAAAUGAACAAAGCCAACCAGGAGAAGACUUUGAUAGAGCCAAGCGAGGCAGCCCCAAUCCCUUCCUUUUAGCCAUGCCUUUUGCUCAUAAAUCCAUACCCUUCUCCCCAUUACACUUGUUUUUCUCUUGGUUUUCGUGUUCUUCUCUCAACUUUUACUAAACCCCAUUUCAUUUCUCUCAAAUUCACCCAUAGACGGGGCUGUUUCAGAUCUGGGGUUUGUGUAAGAUCGUAUAAUCUCUUCUAUUUUGGGGGUUUUGAGGGCUUAUUUGCUUCAUUUCUUGGCAUUUGUUUGUGGGUUUUUGGCCAAAAUGGGUAGCAAAUGGAGGAAGAUGAAGCUAGCUCUUGGUUCUAAUCUGUGUGUUUUUGUUCCAAGAACACUUGAAAACUCUCCUCCUUCGUCUGAUUGUGAUUCCACUGAGCGAUUCUCUGAUGCUGCCUUGCUUUCCCCUGCACAUUGGGGCUCAUCUCGCCCUUCUACGCCUAUCCCUUCUUCACAUGCCUUAAGUUUCUCCAAAAGUGGCACCAAAUCUUCAAAGCAAACGUGCUCGAUUUGCUUAACGAAGAUGAAACAGGGAGGCGGGCUCGCUAUCUUUACUGCUGAAUGUUCACAUUCCUUCCAUUUUCACUGUGUCGUGUCGAACGUAAAACAUGGCAAUCAAAUAUGCCCUGUCUGCAGAGCUCAAUGGAAAGAAAUUCCUGUGCAAGGUCCCAAUUUGGAUCCUCCUCCUGGAAGAGUAUCGGUCGGUCCUGCUGGUUGGAAUCAGACCGUCGUCCGAAGAUUACCACCUCCUCGAAGGGAUUUGAGCCGACGCCUCAUCGUUCCACUAUGUCAGGCUCCUGAGCCCGGUGUGUUCGAUGACGAUGAACUCUUAGGUAACCAGACUGUUUGUGCUGAAAGUUCUUGCAACAAAAACAGUGUAGAUGGUGACUCCACGAAAAUCAUACAAAUGGAAACAUAUCCAGAGAUUUCGGCUGCUCCGAAGUCCAAAUCCUAUGACGAUUUCACCGUACUCGUCCAUCUUAAAGCUGCUGCUUCGGAUAAGAGACAAAAUUGCACUGGAAAUCAAGUUAGUUUGUCGCAGUUUUCUCGGACUCCUCGUGCACCGGUUGACUUAGUAACGGUUCUUGACAUCAGUGGUAGUAUGGCAGGGACUAAACUCGCGUUGCUAAAACGAGCAAUGGGAUUCGUGAUACAGAAUCUUAGCUCAAGUGAUAGACUCUCGGUGAUUGCCUUCUCUUCAACAGCUCGCCGACUCUUCCCUCUUCGUCGGAUGACUGACACCGGUCGUCAACAGGCCCUGCAAGCUGUUAAUUCUUUAGUUGCAAAUGGUGGAACCAAUAUAGCUGAAGGUCUAAGAAAGGGUGCGAAGAUAAUGGAAGAUCGAAGGGAAAAGAACGCGGUAUCGAGUAUUAUACUGUUGUCGGAUGGUCAGGAUACAUACACAGUCAGUGGUUCGGGGGUUAACCAACCACAACCGAACUAUCAGUUGCUUCUCCCUCUGUCGAUGCACACUAAGGACGAGUCGGGGUUCCAGAUCCCAGUUCACUCUUUUGGAUUUGGUGCAGAUCAUGAUGCUUCUUCUAUGCACUCAAUUUCCGAGAUAUCUGGGGGAACCUUUUCUUUCAUCGAGACCGAAGCUGUGAUCCAAGAUGCAUUUGCGCAGUGCAUCGGCGGGCUUUUGAGUGUCGUGGUGCAGGAACUGCAAGUAGCAAUUGAAUGUGUGCACCCAAAUAUUCAUCUUGGCUCACUAAAAGCUGGCAGCUACCCAAGUCAUCUAAUGGCUGGUGGACGCACAGGAUUCAUCAAUGUCGGGGACUUGUAUGCCGAUGAAGAGCGGGACUUUCUAGUCUCGGUCAAUGUCCCAGUAGAGCCUUCGAGCAAUUCAACGCCACUACUCAAAGUCCGAUGCGUUUACAGGGAUCCAAUCACGAAACAAACAACAAUACUCGAAAGCGAUGAAGUUAGGAUCAAGAGACCGGAGAUGGGGGAACAACAAGGGGUCGUUUCAGUGGAAGUCGAUCGACAAUGCAACCGACUUCAAGCAGCCAAGGCAAUGUCACAAGCAAGAAUCGCAGCAGAACAGGGAGACUUAGCCGGUGCAGUUACCAUACUAGAGAAAUGCAGGAUGACAUUAUCACAAACCGUCUCGGCUAAAUCUCACGACAGAUUAUGCAUCGCCUUAGACGCCGAGCUGAAGGAAAUGCAAGAGAGGAUGACCAGCAGACAUGUAUACGAGGCAUCAGGAAGAGCCUACAUUCUUUCAGGACUAAGCUCACAUUCUUGGCAACGAGCAACAGCAAGAGGCAACUCGACCGACAGCUCGAGCCUGUUUCAAUCGUAUCAAACUCCAUCGAUGCUGGAGAUGCUUAGUCGAUCGCAGGCUACGUUUCUGGGUAGUCCAUCGGCUCAGAGGCUGUUGCAGCCAUUGUUAUCUUGUGGAUCACAACCUAAAGCAAGGUAAUGAGACAUUUUUGGUGCUGUUUUGAUUGCUGUUAGUAUUGUGGCUUGUAAAUGAAUAAUGGGGAGAAAAAGAGGAACAAGGAGAGGGGUAGGUAAGGAGUUUAGAGAGCAUUAUCUGUUUUUUUGUCUCUGUUAAGCUGGGGUUGGUUGGUGUGUACAUAAAGAGAAAUGGUUUUUCUCUGUAUGAGAAUUGGGUAUAAGUGUUUGAUUGUGCAAUUCUUAGCUUCAUCGUCA